CUUCAGCACCAGGCAGAGACCCAGGGAACCGGCCCCAGCUCUUGUCAUGUUUGUCACUGAGGGCUCCCUGGUGGCCGCCAUCUGGGCAGCGCUCCAUCCUAGGACUCUGCUGCUGGCUGCUGUCACUUUCCUGCUCCUGACCAACUUCCUAAUAAACAGGCGCCCCAAGAACUGCCCUCCAGGGCCCUGGCGCCUGCCCUUUGAGGGAAACUUGCUCCAGUUGGAUUUGGAACAGUCGCAUCUGGCAGUUCAGCAGUUUGUGAAGAAGUACGGAGACCUAAUUAGCCUGGAUUUUGGUAACAUCCCUUCAGUGGUCAUAACUGGACUACCCUUAAUCAAAGAAGCUUUCACUCACAUGGAACAAAACUUUUUGAAACGCCCCAUUACACCUCUCAGAAAACGUGUCUUUAAUGACAAUGGAUUGAUCAUGUCCAAUGGUCAGACAUGGAAGGAGCAAAGGAGGUUUGCACUAAUGACACUCAAGAACUUUGGAUUGGGAAAGAAGAGCUUAGAGCAGCGCAUACAGGAGGAGGCCCUCCAUCUUGUGGAAGCCAUAGGAGAAGAGGAAGGACAGCCUUUUGACCCUCACUUCAGUAUCAACAAUGCAGUUUCCAAUAUCAUUUGCUCUGUCACCUUUGGGGAGCGUUUUGAGUACCAUGACAGUCAGUUUCAGGAGAUGCUGAAGCUACUGGAUGAGGCCACGUGUUUGGAGGCAUCGAUGAUGUGCCUGCUCUACAAUGUCUUUCCAUCCAUAAUGAAAUAUCUUCCUGGAUCACACCAAACAGUUUUCAGAAACUGGGAAAAACUGAAACUGUUUGUGGCUCACAUGAUGCACAGUCACCAGAAAGAUUGGAAUCCCGCUGAACCGAGAGACUUCAUUGAUGCUUUCCUCACAGAAAUGUCAAAGCACCCAGACAAGACUACAAGUUUCAGUGAAGAAAACCUCAUCUGCAGCACUCUGGACCUCUUCUUUGCUGGGACAGAGACAACAUCCACGACCCUGCGCUGGGCUCUGCUCUACAUGGCUAUAGACUCAGUAGUGCAAGAAAAAGUACACACUGAGAUUGACAGAGUGAUUGGCCAUGGGAGGCAGCCAAGCACAGCUGACCGAGAGUCCAUGCCCUACACCAAUGCUGUCAUCCAUGAGGUGCAGAGGAUGAGCAACAUCAUCCCCUUGAAUGUUCCCAGGGAAGUGACAGCUGAUAGCACACUGGCUGGAUUCCAUCUGCGUAAGGGGACCAUGGUCCUCACCAAUUUGACUGCACUGCACAGGGAUCCCAAAGAGUGGGCCACCCCAGACACCUUCAAUCCAGAGCAUUUUUUGGAGAAUGGACAGUUUAAGAAGAGAGAAUCCUUUCUGCCUUUCUCAAUGGCACUAGAGAUCCAAACCCUGCCUUCUCUUCAAAAAGAAAACUGAAUACAUGAUGUCUUUUCAAAGUGUAAUGUCCAUAUUACUUUUAAGUGAUAGGCUCUCAAAGGUUAAUAUAUCAGACUCGUAAUGAGACGGGGAGGAGGCAUGGAGGGUGGCUACCUAUUCACUACGAUGAAAAGAGCAAACAAUAAUUUUAACUG